AAAAGAAAGAGGACACAGUUGAUAAGCCCCACAGAACCUUCUGGAUUCGCUCGGAUCACUGCUAGAAGAUUAAUAACCAAAACAAUAUAUAACAAACAGAAUGAAGGGAGCUAAAGAGCAGGCUAACAUCACAAUCACUAUGGCUGAUGGUGUAUUUGGGUACCCUUUUAGGCGCCUCUUCUGGAGCCCUCCGAUCUUCCGAGAAUGGUCUGGAUCAACGGCCCUCAUGGACUGGCUCGAAUCUCCUACUGCCCACAUCUUCAAGAUUAACGUCCCAGGUUUCAGCAAAGACGAUAUAAAGGUACAGAUAGAGGAUGGUAACAUUUUGCACAUAAAAGGAGAAGGUGGGAAAGAGGAGCCCCAUGCAAAAGAUACCGUUUGGCACGUGGCUGAGAGAGGCACCGGAAAAGGAGGAUUUUCUCGGGAAAUUGAGCUGCCGGAGAAUGUAAAGGCGGAUCAGAUUAAGGCCCAGGUGGAGAAUGGCGUUCUGACUAUUAUUGUCCCAAAAGAUGCAACCCAGAAGUCGUCGAGAGUUAGAAACAUCAACAUCACUAGCAAGCUCUGAACUCCCAAGACUCGAACUUAGCAUGAGCAUAAAAGAUUGUUUGAGAAUAAUAGUAGAUGAUGUAAAUUGUAAAAUGUAAGCGAUUCCGUGUGUACUGAAGUUGAUUUCCUGGCAGAAUAAUGUGCUUGCGGGCCAAUAUUUGAA